ACCAAUGGGCAUAGGCCGGGCCCGGGAGCGCGACCAAUGGGAGCCGGCGGGCGGAGGCGCGCUGCCCUUUAAGGAGUCGCUGGGCGCCGGGUCCCGGGAACCCGGCGCUUAGAGACAGGCACCGUCCAGGUUUAGCCGCCAUGUCCCUGCAGGCUGAUUUUGACAAGGCGGCCAAAGACGUGAAGAAGCUGAAAACCAGGCCAGAUGAUGAGGAACUAAAAGAGAUCUAUGGACUGUACAAACAGUCUGUAACUGGAGACAUAGAUAUUGAGUGUCCAACACUGUUAGAUCUAAAAGGAAAGGCUAAGUGGGAAGCCUGGAACCUUCAAAAAGGAUUAUCAAAGGAAGAUGCCAUGAGUGCCUAUAUUUCUAAAGCAAGAGAGCUAAUAGAAAAAUACGGAAUCUAGAAUUCAGCCCAUGAGAGAAUUUUCCUUUUGAAGCCUUCAUAAUGGUAUCGUGACCUAAUACUUAGGGGAGAAAUGCACUGUAACUCUUGAUGGAUCAUCAGUAUUUUUGCUAGUAACAUGACUUGUCAUUCUGAAUUAGAGGUAUGCUGAAACUACAUGUUUAAUAAAAUUUUACUUGCUAAAACCA